AUGGCAGGCCGCCUCGUGGGCUUCAUUCAAGCCCUCGAGGAAACACUGCAGCUUAAUAGGCAGCUAGCUAGCAGUUCCAGCAGAGCUGCCUCUCAACCAUCUGUGACCCCCACAGUUCCCACAGAGCUGCCUCUCCACCAUCCGAACCCCCCACAGUUCCCCAGAGCUGCCUCAGGGCACCAUCCGCAGACCCCCACAGUUCCCCCAGAGCUGCCUCUCAAGCUAUCCGUGACCCCCAGUUCCCCAGGGCUGCCUCUCAACCAUCCUCCGGUCUCCAGUCCGGGGCCCCCAGGUCGGUCUCCAUUCCGGGGGCCCCAGCGAGAGUCCCCAGUCCGGGGCUCGCUACGAGGGUCCCAGUCCGGGGCCCGCUACAAGGGUCCCCAACCCGGGGUCUGCGGCGAGGGUCCCCGCACCAGAAACGGCACCAAAGUGGGGGGAGCCAGGGCGGAGGUGGGUCUACGUCCUGCACCAGAGCCGCCGCCGUAA